AUGGCCACCACUCAAUAUCUCGGAGACCCGAUGGAUCUUGACUUCGACCUGGACGUCGUUCUUUGGGCAGGCGAUUUGGGUCCCGCCAUCAAUCACCAUGAAUCGGAUAUGAGCAUCGAGUAUGGGCCCCCGAUGACGAGCAUGCCCGCGGACUUCCUCUUUGCCGAAGACGAAGGCGUUUUACCGGCUACGUCAAGCUACGAAGCCCAGCUUGGUCAGCCCAUGUCGGCAUCUUAUCCCAUCGACAUACCGCAACCGCCGCCUGCGCCGUCUCCCACCCGCACUGUCUUCUCAGCGUCGCGCUCCGAUGCUGGUUCCGAUGAUGCGAAGUCAUUGGAGGAUGGUUCUCCGAACGGUUUGGCCCGCCAGCGGUUGCGCCGCCAAUUGUCGCUUUUAUCCAAGGGAUGGGCUGGAGACGAGAUCAGGUUCAAGAACUGCGACUCCUCCAAGGCUGUCGUGUUGCACACCCUGGCCAUGGAACUAGGACUGGGCUAUAACCACGAUGUGAGAAGCCGCGAGGUCUUGAUGUCGCGCCUCGAGCCGGCCCAGGUCCCUUCUAAACCUCGGCCCUCUCCUCGUCGUUUGUCCUCUUCGUUUUCCCGCUCCUCCACCGAACUUGACUCCGCCCUUUGCUUGCCGGGCUUGCCAGUGGUACUUGAGCAUCAAACAUUCGAUCUUGCCGCCCACUUUAGCCAGGAGCCCGAUUCCGAGUCCACAGAACCGGUCGAAUCGGGGAAUGACGAUCAACCACUUGUGCGCCGGCCAAGCCGCAGCGAGCGCAUCAGCGAUUCGAUUAGCAAACACGUUUCAACCCUCAAGACCUCCAUGUCUAAGGGUGGCAGACGAGGACCCCUUUCUGAGGACGGCCGUCGCGGCAUGCGGGCUCUCGAAGCGGUUGGCGGCGCCUGCUGGAGGUGUCGGGUUCUUCGUCGCCGGUGUGAUCCGGGGAGCCCCUGUCGAUGUUGUCUACAAAGUGUACCGAUGCCCCAUCUCGGCGAAGACGCACCUCUCUGGCCCCUGAUCGGUUGUCGGCGCGGGCCUCUUCGCGACUCGGCACCGCCUCAACUACUUUGUCCUGAGCCAAAGCUGCUCCAACCCCCUGGCGUGUCUGCCCUGACGCGGCGGUGCCGCUCUGUGGACGUCGCCGAACGAUGUCUCCUCUCAGCGGAGAGUCAAAGAUUGGCCGACAUGAAGGCUGUUCUGGAAGGCGCUGGCUACAAACUGUCCAUCACGGACCCAGCUUUCCAAGCAUCGUUUACUUCCUUCAUCGAGGCUGGACGGUACCGCGACCGGGGUUCUCUGCAAAUGAGCUAUUCAAUCGGAGGCAGCUCGGUGACAUACACCGAGCUAAUUCCCAUCAUCGCUUGGGAACUUGCCGAGAACCAGCCCUUACUACCUGCCCUUGAGAUUAAAUCCUGGGAAAGCUUUAUGAAUAUGCUGGAAACAGCCUGCCUCUUCGAGGCCGAGGUUGGCAAGCAAACUUGCUCUCGCCCAGGGCCCACGAGGACUGCGGUGGCGGUCAAUGUCAAGUGGAGUGCAUUCAGAACCUCCGGUCUCGAGUUGCAGCUUACGUCGACGAAUUAUCGUCGCCUCUACAUCCAAAGCUAUGUGCGGCACGCAUUGAUCACCAUUGAGAAGCAGCUUCGUUUCGGAUCGUUAGACGACGUCCCCGCCGAAGACCUUACAACUACCCAAUACCUACAUCUACCAGCCGUGCUGUUCACGGCCGCAUCGGCCAAAUACGACCCUCUAUUUGACGGCAGGUUGCAAUAUGCCUUGACAGAUAAUUCCGUCAUCCCAGAGACCUCGAUCCCUGAGCUCCAUCAUUCCUCUGCCCGCGUUGCUUGCGAGGUGGACAAAUGGCCCGAGGCCGGUAUCAGAACCCCUUACCAGUUUCUUCGGCGGCUGCUCCAGAUUGGCUCGCUGGACUUCUCUGACUCGACGCUUGACGUAUCGGGUCUGGGCGAGUCGGGGUCUCCCUUAGCCUUAGUCUCGCCGUCCUCGGCCCGGGGCAAGGUGGGAUCACCCGUCUCCCCAACUCCUAGUGCUUUUGAGGAGGGCUCGCCUUACCCCCGUGCUCCCUUCGGCCAGAGCAAGAGAAGCUCGUGGGGCAGUUCCUACUCGGCACAGGCCUCGACCAAGUUCUCAAACAUGAGCUCGGACAGCUUGGCGCGGACCAUGUCGACGGACAUGACCAGCCUGUACGAAUCGUCCAUCUUUACCGGUGUCUCCUUCUCGGGCAGCGUGGCCGACUUGAACGGGGACAUGCGCCUAGACCUCGCGACCAUCAACCCGACGGCGCUGUUCUCAGCCAACCACAACCACUCCUCGCACUCACUCGAUCAGGAAAUGGCGGAGAGUGGUGCCCGGCACGACGGGCCGGCCGUCAGCUCGGGCCUGGGCUCCGAGCCCACCUUUGUCUGCAGCUGCUGCCCGCGGGCGCCGCGACAUUUCCACACUAGCGAAGAGCUCACUAACCACGAAGCCGAGAAGCCGCACCCCUGCCCACAAUGUAAGAAGCGCUUCAAAUCGCCCACCGAAGCCGACCGCCAUCUCAACGCGCUCCACCUCAAGGCCGACUCCUGGUCGUGCGAGGCGCUCAAAGACCCGCUGCUGGCUUACCGCACCCAGAACUACGGAGGCGAGACCAGCAACAUCUGUGUGCUAUGCAACGGCGAGAUCAAGCAUAAAGACGGCGUGCCGGAUCACGAGGAAUUGGUGAAGCAUGUCGAAACGGUGCAUCGCUUUGGCGUGUGCGACCGCAAGAAGAAGUUUUAUCGCGUGGAUAACUUUCGGCAACACCUCAAGGGCACACAUGUCGCUCUGUGCAAAGGGGCGUGGCUGAAGGAGUUGGAGAGGGCUUGUCAGAGUUCGGCAACUCCCCGGGGAAGUGACUUUGCAACGGGGGUCAACAAUACGGCAGGAACGUAA